GUCUUGGCUCCAUUCUUUGUCCUUGUCCCUGCAUUCCCACUCUGUUUCAGGAAACCCGGUUCAUUGUGCUGCAGGCCGGCACACCCCAGAGAUCCAUCUGAGCCUCUAGCAGGUGCACAGGGCUCCAACUGGGUCCCCAGAGCUCCAUCCGGGUCUCUAGCAGGUGCACCGGCCCCCAGGGAGGGAAUGCAUGCACGGGGUGACAGAAGAAGAAACACAAGAGGGGGCCAGCGGGGACCCAGAUGGAGCUCCUGUCAUGGAUUUAACACUGGGGUGAUGAUUUAUGACACCUAAUGUAAUAUAACCCCUCUGUGGAGUUGUUAUGACAGGAAAAAAUAUGGAAGAGUCAAGAUGGCGGGCAGCAGCGCGCAGGGGGCGGAGCAAAGGUGGAAGGGGCGUGGCCUCCGUGUGCCCCGACCCCUCCCAAGGACCCAACAUGGCCGCACCGAGGGCGCAAGAUGGCGGCGCGCAGCGGGGACGGGGCCUAAGGGGCGACGCCGCCCGGGAGUCGCUGCCCCCACUGGCAUCCCUCAGCUUCUGUCGCCGCCGCCCGCGUUCCCCGGACCCUCAGCCGCCCUCAGCACCUCAGCCGCCGCCACCUUCGCCCUCAGUGCCCGCGUCCCCGGCGUCUCCCGCGUCCCGCGCGCUCUCAGCGCCUCAGCCGCCUGCGUCCCCACUGACCACUGACAUGGAAGCCGGGUCUCUGCGCAGACCUCCUCUCCCAGUCCCUCCCCUCCCCGCCUGCCCCUGCUGACGUCACUGUGCCCGCCGUAGAGUGUGUCCUGAUUGGUGAUGUCUUGCCCUCGCUGCCCCUGGUCCUGAUUGAUUGGUGAUGUCUGCUGUGGGCAGGGCGUCCCUUAGAGUGCAUCCUGAUCAAUUGGUGAUGUCUGCUGUGGGCAGUGAGUCCUGUAGAGUGGGUCCUGAUCUAUUGGUGAUGUCUGGCCCCCCACUGCUCCCCUGCAGGCACCCUGGCCUGAGUCAUCGACCUGACUGUGGACCAGGGUCAUCGACCUGAAGGAGGGCAUGUGCCUGUCCACCUUCUGGUUCAGCCACAAGCAGUGUUGCUGGAUGUCCAACGAGACCACGUUCAAGGACCCGAACCACUGCCCACUGUGGCAGACGUGGGCGUAGCUGCUGGUCAGCUGCUCUAAGGGGCCAGCAACUACGUCCUCAAUUACCUGAUGUACGUCUUGUGGGCGCUGUUGUUUGCCUUCCUGACCGUGUCUGUGGUGCAUGUGUUCGCAUCCUACACCAGCGGCUCUGGGAUCCCGGAGGUCAAGACCAUCCUGAGAGGCUUCGUGAUCCGGGGCUACCUGGGCAAGUGGACGCUGCUAAUCAAGACAGUGACGCUGGUGCUGAUGGUGUCGUUCAGGCUCAGCCUGGGCAAGGAGGGGCCCCUGGUGCAUGUGGCCUGCUGCUGCGGGAACCUCUUCAGUGGCCUUUUCUCCAAGUUUAGCCACCACGAGGGCAAGCGGCAGGAGGUCCUGUUGGCUGCCUCCGCCGCCGGCAUCUCUGACUUUCGGGGCCCCGAUCAGGGGUGUGCUGUUCGAUUGGAGCCAGCACUGUUGCAUAGCAGGCUAAGCCUCCGCCUGUGGUGCCAGCAUCCCAUAUAGGCACCAGUUAGCACCCUGGCUGCUCCUCUUCCAACCAGCUCUCUGCUUAUGGUCUGGGAACCGUAAGUUCUCUGCAUAUGCUAUAAGAUGGUCCAAGUCCUUGGGUCCCUGCAUCCGUGUAAGAGACCUGGAAGAUGCUCCUGACUUUGGAUCAGUUCAGCUCUGGCCGUUGAAACCAUUUAGGGAGUGAACCAGCAGAUGGAAGACCCUUCUCUCUGUCUCUCCUUCUGUCUGUAGCUCUACCUCUCACAGGCGGACAUCAAACAUCAGUGCCCCACUUGAAUUUAAUCUGUGUGUGUGGAUAGUUUUUAGAGACUUUCAGGUACUGAAAAUCACCACUCCUCCAGCAGACCAUGUUUCUCUAAAAUUAACUUUUAAAUUUAUCCUCAAAUUACCCAAUGAUGCCCACAAUGGGAUAUGGGUAGGCUAAUUUGGAAAACUCCCCAAAGAAGUCCCUGACUGGCUCUUCAUGCCUAUUGUGCAAGCUGUGAUUCCUGUGUAAAGACUAACA